AUGGAAUGCAAAGCGGUGGCAAACACCAUAUACGAGGAGAACAUAACACUUAAACAACCAGAGAAUUUCCAAAAUCUGUACACUCCCGACAAGCAUAUGCUGCAGAACCGUGAUGAUGUCAAAGGCGAAUCUUUGAUCUGUGGAAAACUUGAAGAAGCUGUUGCAUGCUCUUCAAUGGAUCCAAUUACUAGAGAUGUAGAGAGGCGAAUGAGCAUGAAACGAGAAUGCUCACAUUCUGAAGCAGUAAUGAGUGAAGACUCGCGAUUGAAGCAAUUUUCUGGUUCACGAUCGAGCAUUGAUCUUGCAAAAACGUGGGCUCGAAGCUAUGGAAGUUUUGCUAGCGGUCUUUUUCGUGGAGCAUUCCAGAAGGUGAAAACAGCAGCCGACAGCUCCGUCUCCUUGAAAGCAGAGGACAGCACUGACAGUGAAGCAGAACAAUCAGAAUCUGGUCAACAAUCCUCCGGCCAUGGAACCAACAUCGUCAGACCAAGAAAGGCAAAAAAGGGACCCUUUGACUUCGAACACCUUAGAAUUGUCCAGAUUGUAUCAUUUAUGAGAAAUAUGCUGAUUAAAGGAAGUCCCGUCGUAGCAAAUGCCCUUCUUAACAACAAAGUUUUGCUCAAACUCACCAAUAGAAGUUGCAUGUCGAUCCCAGACAAAGCUCCGUUUUGCGGUGUUUGA